ACAUAAGCCUCUCUUUUUGUCUUCUACAGCUUUGUUUGACUUUGGGAAGAAAGGCUGUAUCAAUUUCAUAAUAUUUUAAGGGAGCACUAAAAAAUGGACAGCUAUUUGAAAAUUGCCACAUUUUUAACGCCUAGCAUGAGCUUGGAGUUAUACCAAGUAGACCUCAUUAAAAGAGAUUAGAAAAAAAUAACAAAUUAAUUAUUGCUUGUUUAUUUCAGGUAUAUCAAAAAUUUAUCGAGGAAAAGUUAUCGAAAGGCUCCAUUUUGAUUGUAGAGAGUAGAUCAUUAUGUGAACAGACUUCCACGUCAGAUGCUGAAUCCAUAUCAGCUAGCGUUUUUGAUAUCGGUAAGUGUUUGUUUGCAGCAAACAGAAAUUAUUCUUAAACGAUACCUUCUAAAUCGAAAUAGGCUUUAUGAGCACAAAAUCCUAUUUAAAAUUAAAGGAGAAAGGUGCAAAUGUGGAACUAUUACCUGUUGGAGCCGUUCACGAACACCGAUUGAAUUCUGAUGAACUUCCAAUCUACUAUUCGGAUUUGAUUAUUCAUAAAAGUACAGCAAAAAAGUAUAAACAACUCGAAGACUUAAAGGGCUGUAAAUAUGCUUAUAAUACUCAAGAUUCGGUAAGCGGUUACAUCCUUCCUCUUCUCGAGUUGAAAAAGAAGGGAUAUAAUUCAUCAUUCUUCAGCAAUAUGCUUGAGAGUGGUUCUCACUUGAAUUCUAUUAAAAUGGUUCGUGAACAAAGAGUGGAAUGUGCUUCGGUCGAUUCGAAUGCGCUUAAGUUUUAUCUAAAGUCUUACCCUCAUGCUCAUGACGACUUUAUUGCGAUUAGUUCAUUGGGGCCAUUACCAGUUCAACCAAUUGUUGUUAGAUCAAGCUUGCCAACCGAAAUUAAAGAGGAGCUGGCCGAUGCUCUCCUAUCAUUGCCUACUUUGCCGAAUUAUUCUAAAUUGUUUGCCGAAUAUGGUAUAAGAAAGUUUACUAAAGUAGACGAUGAAGACUACCAAGCGGAAAUGGAUAUUUAUAAGUCAAUUGGUCAACAAUCGAAGACGCCCGCUUAUUACUAAUAUUAUUCUUUAUCCAAUUUUUCUUUUGCUCAAUAUCUUUUAGAAUAUAAUAGAGACAAUAAAAUAUAAGUGGUAAAGAGCAACUAUAAUAGACUUUCGAAGGCUUUUAGUUCAUUUUUUGUUAUUUCUUCCUUAGAGAAUAACGAAUAGUAUGAUAUAUAUAUGAUAGUAAAUAUUAGUUAUUGAACAACUAUUAAUUAAUUGAUUGAAUAAAGGAAUAAAUUAUCCAAA